CUAACUAGCUGAUUUAACAGCAUCUUUAGCUAGUUCUAAAUUCAUUAUAAUUGAUUGAAGGUUGCUACUUUAUGCAUAUAUUGUUAUGCUUGUUAAUCGACUUAACAAAAAACUACGAUUUUCUAUUCUUUUCUAUUCUGUCAUCUAUAGACGUGCUUUAAAUACGUUUUCAAGCUUCAACGGGACGUAGACAAUUGUUGUUGAUGGCUCAUUCCACCAAUGUGAAGUUAGUAUCAGGUUGCGAAUAUGUGAUUGACGUGCAAUUCAUCUAAUCAGGUAAUAGAAGAAGGAAGCCGGUAAUUGCCGAUUGAUGGAGUAAGUAGCCAAUAAAAUAAGGAUACGAAGCCCAAUAUUGAAGAGUUUAUGUUGUCGUCCUAUAGGAAACAGAGGAUUAAAGUAAGGGCGAGACAAAAGGCAGUAUAGAAUAGGCGGCGUGCGUAGGUUGUUCAUUUCUAAGUUUUACGUACAGCAAGCGACCUAGCUAGUUAGCCGUUGUGGCGUUGUACUCUAGGGCCGAAUCACAAUUUGGACUGAAAGGUAGGGGCUUGCUGUAACACUGUGUUCUCCCCUGCAGGUGAUGUGUUGCAGUCUCCAUGAACACGCGCCGCCGCCACGGUCCUAGAAGCAGUCAGCAGGGGGUGUACCUUGGGCCCUCCCAGACCCAGUCGCAGCUGAUCCCUCUGCAAGACACCCCCCUUGCAGCAGUGCCCCCACCUCUCAUUUUCCCUCCACCAGUUGAUAUCAGUGACAUGUCGUGCCGAGACCGCACCCAGGAAUUCCUGUCAGCUUGCAAGUCCCUGCAGGGGAGUCAGAAUGGGAUCCAGACCAAUAUGCCAGCUCUCAAUGUUCUACGUCAACGCAGUGACUUCACACUUAUGGCAAAGAGAAUUGGAAAAGACUUGAGUAACACUUUCACCAAACUGGAAAAGCUCACAAUACUUGCCAAAAGGAAAUCCCUAUUUGAUGACAAAGCAGUGGAGAUUGAAGAGUUAACCUACAUUAUUAAGCAGGACAUUAACAGCCUGAAUAAGCAGAUUGCUCAGCUCCAGGAGCUGGUGCGGUCACGGAGUGGUCAAAACGGCAGACAUGAGCAGACACAUUCCAACACCAUCGUCGUCUCCCUGCAGUCCAAGCUGGCAUCAAUGUCAAACAAUUUCAAAUCGGUAUUAGAAGUGAGGACAGAGAACCUGAAGCAGCAGCGUACUCGAAGAGAGCAGUUCUCCCAGGCUCCCACCCACACCUCUCCUCUACACACAAACAACUUCAGUAAGACGCCCCCCACUCCUGCGAUUGCACUCCCUUUGUCCCUGUCCCCUGUCAUUGUCAGCUCCUGUCUGCCUCCCAGCUCACAAAGGCUGAGCUUACAUGGUGAUGCUGGGUAUAGGGGAUCAUGGGUAAUGUGUUUCUCCAAUCCCUCAGAGAGCUCUGUGCUGAUGCAGGAUGAGUCGAGGAGGUCAGCCGACAUCUCCAUAGACAUGGACUCCCGCACCAGUCAGCAGCUGCAGCUGGUAGACGAACAGGACUCCUACAUCCAGAGCCGCGCAGACACCAUGCAGAACAUUGAGUCAACCAUUGUGGAGCUGGGCUCCAUAUUCCAACAGUUGGCUCACAUGGUGAAGGAGCAGGAGGAGACUGUGCAGAGGAUCGAUGCUAACGUGGAGGACACACAGCUGAAUGUGGAGGCUGCACAUGCAGAGAUCCUCAAGUACUUCCAGGCUGUCUCCUCGCACCGUUGGCUGCUGGUGAAGAUAUUCCUCAUCCUCAUAGUCUUCUUCAUUGUCUUUGUUGUUUUCCUUGCCUGAGCACGGACUGGAGACUGAGGAAGAGGAGGGGCAGAGGUUGGUCUUGUAGGAGAGAUGGAGAGACAGCCAGACGAGCAGACAGGCCUAGGGGUGUGGUUGAUGAGUGGAGUAGGAGUAAACCCCUUAGAGUGGGUGUUUGUGUGUGUGUGUGUGUGUCUAUGCGUGUAUGCGUGCAUGUGUGUGCGUAUGAGUGCGUUUGUGUGUGUGUUAAAGGCAAAGGUUGCAUUUAUUUAUUUAUAUGCAACUAUUUUGGGGACACAAGUUGCACAGCCUGAGUCUGGUUGUUGUUACCACUUUACAAGCCCUUGUAUGCCAUUAAUGGCAUGCUGAAAAAGAAGUGAAAUUCUCAUAUUUAAAGUCAUUUGAUACAGUGUAGUACUUUUUCUUAGACACAUACAUUGUUACUGAAGAUUGGAGCGACAGCAGUGAUCACAGCUGUCAAACAUCUGUAUUUAGAGGUUACAAAAUGUCAAAACUGCCAGUUCAGUUUUUUCCCUGCUGUUCUUCAAGGUUGUCUCUCUACUGAGGGGCGUGUUUUAAGGAGAGCUGCAGAGAGGCCUCAUUGAAACCUCUGAAAGGAAGUCCUAUUUUGAUGUUUAGUUUGGCCUUGUCCCAGAUUUAUACUCAUCUUCAGUAUGCAGUGCAAAGCUCUGUUUAAAAUAUUCAGCAUGACACUGUGACAGGGACCACAUUUUAUGCUGGCUUUGGAUAAAAAAGCUUUUCUGCGAAGUGAAUAUGUUUUUCUGAAACCAAGGUCUGGUUAGAGAGUGGAACACAGGGUGUGAAAAUGUCAUCUUUUGACCAGUUCUUUUUAAAAGUCAUCAGCAGAGCAGUUUGCCAAGCCUUGCAGUCUCCCAGUCCUUCCCAGUUCUUCCUGACCAGAUAUGUCACAAGUGAUUACAGUCAAUAUGAACUUUGUGGCAUGGGUGAUGGAGGUAAUCCCUGCCUGAUCCCUUUUUAAUUUGUUUUUUACCUUAAUUGAUUAGCCCCUCCACCCCCUCCUGAGAGGGACAGUGGAAGCUGGUGCAGAUCAGAGUAGUCAUGUGAGCUCACAAUGACUACUGGCUUAUCUUGUGCACCUCCAUCAAUAGCAUUAUCUGUCCACGAUGACACAAACUCAGCAGUGUCUUUUUAAGGACUUUCCAGCUUAUUCCCAUCCUCCAUCUGACUUGAGUGAAAGGAAGGUCUGUUUGAGGGCAUCAUUUGGUCUUGAGGUAAAAAUGCAAAAAAUGUUUUACUUUUCCGACAGCUGAUCUGAGAAUAUCAUUUUUUAACUGAGUUCUUAAACAGGUCGGUUUUAUUAGAAAAAAGAAUGGAGAAACAACCCAGGUGUGAUUGAAUCUGUUGACAAGAUGGUUAAUACAGAUGAUUUUUUAUUUAAUCAUUUUUUGUAUUAAGAAACAUCCCUGCUUUGUCAAAGAAAGUGAGACUGUGGAGAGAGUGGAAGAGGAGGAGAGAGCGAGAAAAGGUGAUUCUGGCAUUGGCACCUGACUUUGCCCUUAAUGAGAAGCUACCUGAAUAAGAUGCUUUGUGUGUACAAGUACUUUCUCCAUUCUGUGAACAGACACAUGUGCAAGUGUUCGCAUUUUGUGACACUCGAUUUUAGGGUUUUGAGAGUUCCCCGCUUCAACUCUGCUGCCUUGGGUCUUCACCCUGAAUCCUCUGGGGCCAGUGGUGUGCAUUCCAGUAGAUUGGUGGUACACCUGCCAAUCAGCAGCUGAUUUUCCUGAACCGGUUAAAGUGAUCUGACACCCUAUGCAGGGCACUCAAAUAAUUUUGAAUGGAAUGGGGAUCAAUGUUUGCUGGUGGUUCUUCUGCCUGAGUGACAGCAGAGUUUCUUUUUAGUUAUUUAUUUUACCCAUCAUACCAGAUAAUGACCUAUGACCUCACUCCUGCUCAAGUGCAAUAAAAGCCGAUUCUUCCUUUUUCACAGCUUGAAGCUUUUCUAAUCUUCUCUGUUCUUCCUCUGUAACAGUUGCGUCAUAACUGCUUAUAGUAACUCCUGUCAGAAAUAAGUGUGUGGCCUCUAUGACACAUGCCCAGUGUUACUAAUAGUUUUGGGCAAUUAUUGUAAAAGAAGUAAAAUUCUUGUGUCCCAGUCCCACUCUUAAGUAUUUCUCCUCUCGACAUCACACAUGCAAGGUAGUGUUUGACUGAAGAUUGAAUUUGAAUUUUUUGUGCCCCAUGACUUGGACUGCCAAAUUCACCAUAAGAGAAAUGUAAAUAUAUAAAAAUAUUCCCAUCAAGUGGAAGGACUGAAUGUUAGGCUUAUUGGUCAGGUGAUCUAAAAGGGUGGGCGUACUUGAUGUCUGGAUAACAGUGAAAGAAAAUUCUUUUUCCUCAAUGAGGUGUGGGGGGGUGGGGUUCAGUGCCAAAUAGGAUGCUUUGGGGGGGGGUGUCUAUGUGGCCCCAUGUCCUCGUUUUUGGUCACUGCAUGUUUUUUUGCAAACUCCUACGAUUCCCCACAUGCCUUGAAAAAUUGUUUCAAGUCGCCUGCUUUAUGAGCGGAAGGUGGGAGUGGAGCUUAGAGACUCUGUCCUCUGUCUCCUCUAGCCAUGCUGUCAGUCCCGCCCUGCCAGCUGUCACUCACACUUUGGCUUAGUCCCUCUCUGCCACUCUUUCCACCAUUGUCUCUACCUCUCCCUCUUUGAAGAACUAAUGUGAAGAAGAGAAUGGCGUAAACCUUACAGGAUGGUGUGUCUGUUGACACUUUAUCAUAAACUCCUUUUUCUGUCUUUCUAGCCCAAUGCUUCUAUUGUAUAAAUUGCAAAUGUUUUGAGAAGUGAAUAUUAAAAA